CAGAUUUGUUGUUAUUUGGUUGUCAUGAUUAUUAUGUGAUUACUUUAGUUUAAAUCAAUUAAUUAUAUUAAUUAAAGUGGCCAUAAGUGAUUGGGCAGUUUGUUGUUGACACGUGGGACCCGGCUCUGCCAAAUAAAAUUUGUUCUGUUUUUUGCAUUAUUAUUAUUAUACUUGGAUUAGAUUUUGUUUUUGCAUUAUUAUUGUGGUUAGAUGUAUGUAUAUAUAUGUGUGUAUGUAUUGGGGUGGGUUCAUAAUAGAUAAGUGAGGAAAUUGGGGGAAAUGAAAAAGAGGGAGAUGGAGGUGAGAAAAGGGGAAUCAGGGGGAUGCUGGUCGUAUCAAGCGGCGGGUUCGGUGCCGGAUAUUGGAGGGCCGAGUGAAGAUGCGGUGGUGAUACAGAAAGGGAAGAAACAAGGGGAUCCGUUUGUGAUUACGGUUAAUUGUCCAGAUAAAGCUGGACUUGGUUGUGAUAUCUGUUGGAUUAUUCUUGAUUUUGGUCUCUGUAUCGUUAAAGGAGAUUUUACAACGGAUGGAAUAUGGUGCUACAUAGUAUUAUGGGUGUUUCCUUAUUCAACCUCGCCUACUGUAAGAUGGUCAAACAUAAAAGAGCGCCUCCUAGCUGUAUGUCCAGCAUUUUCUGUAUCGGCUUACUUAAAUGAGCCGCCCCCUAAACCUGUAGCUUCUCCAGUGUACCUAUUGACAUUUUGCAGCACUGACCGGACAGGAUUAUUGAAUGAUGUGACUCGAGUUCUUUGUGAGCUUGAGCUUAUGAUCCAGAGAGUGAAAGUGACAACAACCCCUGAUGGCCGUGUCAUGGACCUAUUCUUUAUUACAGAUAACUUGGAAUUAUUACAUACAAAAAAGAGAAGAGAUGAUGCAUGUGAUAAAUUGCACGCGGUGUUAGGCGACUCAUGUACUAGUGUUGAUAUCCACUCAGCUGGUUAUAACAAAGAUAGUGUCCCACGUAUCUCUUCUCUGUCUCAGGCUGCCUCUAAAGAAUUAUUUCGAUCAGAACUAUCAGAAAAGGAGGUGCAUUCACAAGCUCUUAGUCCAGAUGUGAAAAAACUAAUGCAUGCCAGUGUCAUGAUUGAUAAUUCAUUGAGCCCGGCUCAUUCACUCCUUCAAAUCAGCUGUGUUGAUCACAAAGGUUUUCUGUAUGACAUCAUGCGCAUAUUAAAAGACUUCAAUAUACAGAUAGCUUAUGGGCGAUUCUCACCAGUUAACAAGGGACAUCGUGACUUGGAUUUGUUUAUCCGUCAAAGGGACGGCUUAAAGAUCGUGGAUACAGAGAAGCAAGAUGUGCUGAUUUCUCGUUUUAAACUGGAAAUGCUUCACCCUUUGCGUGUUAUAAUAACAAAUCGUGGACCAGAUACAGAACUUGUUGUUGCCAAUCCAGUAGAGUUAUCUGGAAGGGGACGGCCAAUGGUUUUCUACGACACCACACUGGCACUCAAGGCUCUUGGGAUAUGUGUGUUCUCAGCUGAGAUUGGAAGACAUGUAACCGAUAAUGGCGAAUGGGAGGUGUACAAGUUUCUUCUAGAGGAGAGCUGCAAAUACAAAUUGGGAAGUAUGGUGGUUAAGAACCAGAUUGUGGACAAGGUCAGAAGAACUCUCAUGGGGUGGUGAAUGGUGGGUGAUCUGUAGUUUAUGUGUUAUUCAUAGCUGGGACUACGUUGAAAAAGUGCAUUGUUUAUGUAUUACUAUGAUUAUCAUAUGGGAAGUGAUAUUCGUACCGCAAAUUUUUAUAAAUGUACCACAAUGUACAAGCUAUAUAGCUAACUGUACAAGUUAACACUGCAAAGUUGUAGUACAUCUAUCAAAAGAAAUGGUACAAAUAUCACUUCCCUUAUUAUACAUGACAUCAUGAUAUGGCUAAUUGGACAAUUGGUGCAUUGUAUCAUCACAUGGGGUUGUUGAUGCCCAUUGCUGGCGAUGAACUUGUUUGAGUUUGUGUUCUAGGGAAGCAGGUAUGAUAAAAGAUUCUGGAACUAA